AUGCGUGAUUUCGAAUAUGAAUCCCCUGAUUCACUCUCCGGAGCGAUUGAAUUGCUCUCCCAACCGAACAGUCGUCCUUUGGCUGGUGGGACCGACUUGAUCGAUCACCUCAGAACCGGACGUGUUGAGGCUGACCUCGUUGUUGAUAUCAAGAACAUUCCUGAGUUGAACACCCUUGAGUUUAAUGAGAACGGUCUCAGACUCGGGGCCGCUGUCAGUUGCCGUCAGAUUUGCUCUGAUGAAAAUAUUCGCAAGCAUUACCCAGCCCUGGUUGAUGUUUGCUCGAUCAUUGGUGGAAUACAAAUUCAAUCACGCGCCAGCGUGGGUGGAAACAUUUGUAACUCAGGGGCAGCGGCUGAUUCGACUCCAGCCGUGAUCGCACUCGGUGGAGUCUGUCAUCUCUCAGGAGCAGGCGGAACCAGAGAAGUUCCCGUUGAAGAGUUUUGCACAGGUCCCAGCCAGAAUGUUCUCAAGCCUGGCGAACUGCUGACGGAAAUUGGUUUCCCAAAACCGGUUGAAAACUCCGGCAGCCAUUAUCAGCGAUUCAUCCCUCGAUACGAAAUGGAUAUCGCAGUUGUGGGAGUCGGUGCCAGCCUGACGCUGGAUGAGAACAAAGAAACCAUCACUGCUGCCCGAGUGGGGCUUGGUGCCGUGGCAGCGACUCCCUUUCUGGCAACACAGGUCAACGACGCUCUGAUUGGUCAACCGGCCACAGAAGAGGCGUUCACCAAAGCUGGUGAGAUCGCCAGGAGUUUGAUCUCACCCAUUGAUGAUCACCGUGGAACAGUAGAAUUCCGCCUGCAUGUCACCGGCGUGCUCGUCAAGCGAGUCUUGCGCUACAACCUGGAUUUAAGUGGAACGAAAGAAGGUUGCAGCAACGGGAAUUGUGGAGCUUGCACCGUGCUCAUGGAUGGGCAGCCGGUCACCAGUUGCCUUGUCCUCGCUGUGGAAGCUGAAGGGGCUGAAAUCGAAACCAUUGAGGGAGUCGCUGAGAAGGAUGGUCUGGCCCCCAUUCAGAAUGCCUUCCUGGAGAAUGCCGCCCUUCAAUGUGGCAUUUGCACUCCCGGAUUUAUUAUGUCUACCAAAGCAUUGCUGCGAGAAAACCCGAACCCGACGGAGGAGGAAAUCCGAUUCUAUUUGGCAGGCAACCUAUGUCGCUGCACAGGCUAUGACAAGAUCGUAGACGCCGUUCAGGAUACCGCUAAGCGACAAUGCGCCAAUGGAUGCGAUGCAAAUCCGUGUGAAAACUAG